AAUGUCUUGGGCACACUGGUCUCGGCGAUGCGUGCUUAUUAUUGGUGUGCCUGACAACAACCACAACUCACCGGAUCCCUGGCCGCCGGGCUUGGGAAGCUCCGAACGCAAGUUAAGUUACGAUAACAAUCAUCUCAACCCUUACUCCUACAGUAUGUGUGGCGUCGGGAGCCUUACACUACGGCAUUGCCUUUUUAGGCAAUACGGUAGCCAGAUAACCGCUUGUUGAUGGGUGUGUCCGUUUUUUUUGCUGCCACGGAGGCGAGCACGCGGUCGAGCUGGAAAGUUAUCGGCCGCGUCAGUUGCGGCUGAAAGGGAAAAAAAAAGAAAAAGAGAGGGUAAAAAUGUGAGUUCAGAACACCCUAUGCUGCCUACGGUAUAGACUACCGCUGUGAUGGAUGAAAUGUGGAGAGAGUGCUAACACUGCACGAUACGUAGGAGCUGUCAUAAGGGAUUAAGGUUAGGGUACCAGAGAGCUCCCCCUGAUACUUCUCUAAGGGAUCGGCAAUGCUUUGUGCUUGAAACGUCACCACUUUCGUCCGAUGAUUGGGAUUUUGGCAAGGCUCGACAAUUUUCAGCUGGGGUGAGUUCGGAAGAUGAGUUCGGCUUUCUGGCUUGACAUUUGUUAACCUCUACCGGACUGAGGUCACAGGCUGUGAGCACCGAACGGUGGAGCUGCGAGUGAAUGCCAGCCCCGGUUGAGUGCUGGCAACGGUGCGUACCCCAACCACGGUUUAUCGUACUGGUGCUAUACGCAAUCGUCAUAUCAUACCACGACCAAUUCUUUUUUUGAUUUUUUUCCCCAUCUACCCACAUUCUCUUCGGAGGAUUUGGAAACUAUGGCCACCAUCCGCAAGGUGCUCCCCUUUGCCCUUUUGGCUGGCCGUUGUCCCGGUGCUUCUUCACAAUUGGCACUCUGAGACACGCUUGCUUCUGCUACCUUCUGGAUGGCCGACAUUGAGCGAGUGAGAGAAAAUGAACCAAUCGUCUUCUCCCAAAUAGAGGUGACAGAAAGAUAAACGGUGGAAGCGAGCUGGGAUUGGAUUGGAUCCCUGUUGGGAAUGGUCCCCCUGUUUUUUUCCCUCACAUUGAUUGAAAUUCAUUGAUGGUUGCUGGGAUUUCGCCUGCUGGAUAUCAUGACACUGCUUACAGCGCCGCUUUAGCCAAUCAACUAGGAAUGGAGCUGCUGGAGCUGCGCAAGGAUUUUUUUUUUUCAGGUAGGGCUACUCUUGUUGGUUAGGUGCCGGUUUAUCUACCUUUUGCAUCUUGCGAGUGCUUUUACAUCCGUCACAGGUAAUUGCAGACUAGCAGCCUGAUAAGUGAUGCGAUCAGCAUUGAGGGUUGAGCAUUCGAUUUCAUGGAAUAUGGUUCUGUGACAGGCACCGGCAGCGGGGUGUUGAUCCGACUUUUCGGAGAGCAUACCGAUUGUAAGGGGAACUUUGGUUUGACGGUUGAAGCUUUCCGGCGAGAAAGUGAGGCGCGGGCACUUUGUGUGUAUGCUUUUUCGUUCGCCUUCUAUCCAAAACACUCUGUCGGAGCUUAUGGCCCAGCUCAAAGGGCCUCCCUCCACUGCUAUUCGUCGGGCAUCAAACGAGAUACCAUCUUGGCGGGUUCGCAAUGGCGCUGGUAAUAGGCGGCAUGUGGAUACUGUGUGCCAUCUAUCGUAUUGCCAGCCUCUACGCGGCAUGCCUGUGUUUGUCAAGCCUCUCCCUUCUGCUCGGAGCACGUCAUCUUUUACCCACAGCGCUUGCCCGUUAUCCUCUAGCUGCCAUGUGGGAGAGUCAGUGAUGGUCCUGAUGUGUUUUCUUUUCUUUUCUUUAUUUUUACUGGGUUUUCUCGCAGUCUUGCUGGGCUCCUCCUUUGCGGAACCCCGUGGAUGCGCGCUGUGGGCGAUGAUUUUUUUCUUUUCUCCCCCCGAUAUUAUAUCCCUCACCGUGAGUAUCUUUCCUUUUUUCUUUCCCUCAGUUCUACUGCUCCUGGCUUACAGAUUUGUUGACGUUAUCAAUCGGCUAACCUGGCAGUGGAGCCGGGUGGAUGCUCAAGUUCAACCCCUUUGGCUCCAAUCAACAUCUUUGAUCCUGAACUUUAUUCAAUGGGCCCCUCAUAAAUCUGUCUCAUAAUGGGUCUGACUUGCUGCUUUUGUUAAAAUUGAUGGGCCUCGAUAUGUCAACUCAGUGUCCCGCCUCUAUUCGGGCAAUCUCUUUGGCAACUUGGCUCGAAAUUUCUAUAAAUGUUACACGACGGUUGAUGCAUGUCUUUCCUAUCAUCCCUUGGCGGUUAUUAGUUUUGUGUGGGCUAUCGAGGAAGCUCACAACUGGUCAUGCGGGCAGGUCUGAAUAUCCCUCACUCGCACCCUCACCCUCCCCCGGACGGAAUCUAGGACCUGGGAUAUCCUGGUCGGUUUUUAUGAGUAUUAACCUGCACUUCCCCCUCAGAUUCUGCUGCCUCGCUUGUGUGGGAGCAGGUGCACCCAACCGGUAGCGCUACCUGGAGCCCCCAU